GAGCUUCACAUUCCCAACUCAUUGUGCUUUUACAAGCUUACAAUGCUACAUCUGAUUAUUUUGUUCUAUCUAUCUAUUUUAAAACUACAAAUAUUUAUCAAUAAUUAUCUUGCUAUUGCUGAAAAUGUGAAAAGUUGUUUAAAGAAAAGAACUGUAAGUAUAAAAACAAUUUUGCAAUUAACUACUUUGGAAAAAUUGCAAGGGCUUUAUACUGAAGAUUCAGUAGUUAACCUAUAUAAAUAAGUAGAGUAUAGAAUAGGGGAAGGAGUGACAUUCUUGUCAUACUAGAUAUGAAUACACACACUGCACUGAAAUAAAUGUAUGUUACUAAUAUAUGAUAUGAUUUUAUGUAAAGCAACAGAUUUUAUAACAGAGAUUCACUUGUAUAUAUCACAAUUCUACGGCUGUAAGUACAGGGGCCACAAUACUUAAUUUGUCCCAAUGUUUGGAAAAAAUAAGAAUUUCUGUUAAUUUUUCUUUGUAUCUUUGUGCAGCAGAAGAACCACAAGAGCUUUGAGAGACCUUCCUGUGCAUCAGUGAUGGGUCCGAAGCGUCCUUUUGUGUUCAUGAUGCUGAUGGUUAUUGCGCUACUUCUUACUUGCCAACCCGCAUCAGCUGUGAAACAUAUCACACUAUUCAGACAUAAACUGACAUUUACGGCACAUACUUGGAAUCUUAUUCCAUGUAUGUUCUACUCAGACAAUGCAGUUGAUCCAGCCACACUUCAAUUGGAAUGGGGUAAAGUUCCUGUAGGUGGGGGGAAGUACACCCCUUUAAUCCACCUUAACAGUGAUGGUGUAAGAACCUUCCAUGAAAACAGCGAGAAGUACCAGCUUUUUGUAUCUCUGGUGCCAAGUGGAAACUGUACUUUGGCCAUCAAUCCCACUGAAACCACGGACAGUGGAACUUAUGAAUUCUUCAUGUUGGUGAAUGGAGAAAGAUAUGAGCCUGCUUCUUUGAUUAAAAUCGAAGUUUUGGAUGAAAAUAAAACCUCUUCUCAAUCACGGGCAUUUUGGUCCAAGAAAGGUAAAAAAGAAGGAACGACAACUAAAGCCACUCCAAACACUAAAACCACUGCAACCACUUCAACAGUUGUCUUUACAACUCGAAGACAGACAUCUUGGUCCAAGAAAGGUAAAAAAGAAGAGACUGCAACCACUUCAACAGCUGUAAUGAAUAGUGCAAACAGCAGUGAUUCUACCAAGAGGGCAGCAGUUAUAACGGUCAUGGUUAUGGGACCGCUUCUAGUGAUAACCUCAAUCAUAUCAGGAGUUGGAAUUUAUCUGUAUUGGAAAUUGAAGAGAAAACUUUCAUCUGUGGAUAUAGAAAACCCACAAGUGAAGACCCUAGAAGCACAAUCUCAGAGUGCAUCUAGUCUUCAAGUUGAGAAUGAAACAUUAUCUGGUGCUGAAGAGGAAACUGAAGAAGAAGAAGAGAAUGAGGAAGAAGAGACUACUGAAGAAGAAACUUGAUGAAAAAGAGAAUGAAACAGCAUUCUGCUUCAGUGAACUGACAGUACCUAUGGGCAUGGUACAGGCCUGGGCCUAAGAAAGUUCCACCAGCACACCCUUACCUCCUCCAACAAUUCUUACUUGGUGCACAGCCCAGAGAGUCUAUAGUUUUUAUUAUUCAAUUAUUCUAUCAUUCUAUUAUUAAAUUCUAAUAUUAAAUUCUAUAUUCAAUUAUUCUAUCAUUUUGUAAUUUGUAUACAUUUUUAAAUGUUUAAAUCUAUGAAACAAAAUAAACAAAUAUAUAUUUUGGUA